AUGGGUUGCGCCUCCUCCAGAUUCCUCAAGGACGAGGAUGGCGGCGUGAUCGUCGGCGCCGGCAUUGGACACCACAUCGUCUCCCUGACCUCUACAACCUACGGCCUGCUCACUACCCUCGACCAAAGUUCGACGCCCACUGACCUGAUUAGCACCGUCUUCUCGCCCUCCCGCUCCCCUCAUCCUCCUCCUCCUCCGCCACCGCCGCCGCGGCCGCUGGUUUCCUCCCGAUUUCACCUUCGCUCGGCCACGGAGCCUGAGGUCAUCAACUCGCGAGAUAUCAUGGCCAGUUUCUACCCCAACAACACCCCUCCGUCACGGUCUCCCCUCCUCGCUCUCAGAGAUCCCAUCACUCGAAUCCGGAAGCUGUCUCCGAAUUCCAAGCCCCUCCUUUCCUUGUCCCCGGGAAAGGAGAACUUCAACUCCAACCGGUCCCUCCUCCCAUGCUUCGCUUCUGUUGCCGAGACGCAGGAACGGAAAUCGGGCGUCGCCGUCAAGCUGUUUAGUGAUCACAGCACCGUGCCAAGGGCGAGCUCCUGCUAUGCACUGGAGAUGUUUCCGAGGAGAUGCCCGCCUGGCGGUGAGAACGCCGCCGUCAUCUACACCACGACCCUCCGCGGGAUCCGGAAGACCUACGAGGACUGCAGCGCGGUGCGAGCGGCGCUGCAAGGACUCGGUGUCUGGUUCAAGGAGAGGGACGUGUCUAUGGAUAUGGGAUUCCGUCAGGAGCUGCGAGAGCUGUUGAAAGGCCUCCCCGACGCCGCCAUGCCAGUCACCCUGCCGAGGUUGUUCGUGAGGGCCAGGUACAUCGGCGGGCCGGAGGAGGUCCUCCGAAUCCACGAGGAAGGUGGCUUAGAGAAGCUGCUGGACGGGCUUCCGAGGGCGCAACCUGGUCACCUCUGCGACGGGUGCUGCGGAGACAGGUUCCUUCCCUGUUUCCGGUGCAAUGGGGGAAGGAAAUUGGUCGCGCUGACGGCGGCCGGUGGAGGAACUGGAAACGGCGGCUGCGGCGGCGGGAUAGUGAGAUGCCCCGAGUGUAAUGAGAAUGGCUUGGUCCCCUGCCCACUUUGCCGCUGA